CCAUUAUUUGUUUACAUUUUGAGGCCGAGAAGAUAGAGAAGACUUGACCAAGCACCGCCACAGAUUCCAGGAAAUUACAUCGAAACUGCCAACUAACAUUUGACAAGUCGAUGGCUGCCACGAAGAGUCAAAGGGUUUGAUGAAGCAGAAGAAGAUGCACUGAUGAUGUAUAGGAGAUCUUGACCACCAUGUCAGCUGCACUAUUGGACAGAUACACAGGAGAUGCAUUCAUGGGCCAAGAUCGUACUGACCUCCACGCUGCUGCCUUCCAGGGUCAGCUAAUGACCCUAUAUGGCCUGAUCCGACGAGGUGCGGACGUCAACAAGUGCACCUCAGAUAGAGUCAGCCCACUUCACGACGCCUGCAGUAGGGGAUACCUUUACUGUGCAGAGAUGCUUGUAAAGCAUGGUGCUGAUGUAAAUGCAGGCAACAUUGAUGGUGCAACUCCCCUGUGUGAAGCUUGUUGCAUUGGCAAUGUAGAGAUUGUCCAGUUCUUGCUGAGCAAAGGGGCAAUCCCAAACCCACCAAUGGCCAGGACAGGACCACUCAAUGAAGCAGCCUCCAGAGGACACACCAAGUGCGUUGAAGAGAUGAUCAAAGCAGGAAGUAACCUAGAAGCCUCUGACUUGCAUUAUGGGACACCUCUGCAUGCUGCAUGUCACAUGGGCAGCACAGAAACAGCGAGGGUCAUACUCCAGGCAGGAGGAAACGUGAAUGCUAUCAUGAACCACACCAGUCCUCUGCAUGUUGCAGCAGGCGUCAAGAAUCCAGACCUUGUAGAUGUUCUCCUGGAGUAUGGUGCAAAUGUCUACGCCCUCAACAACCAGUCCAGGACCCCGCGGGAUCUCAUUCAUGCUACCGACACUACCACUAGGAAGAUCCUAGAUUUUGAAAUGGGCAAUCCAAGGAUGCUUGCUGAAUUGUGCAGGUGGCGAAUCCGCCGUCUCCUUGGUCCAAAGAGACUGGAACAAGUCAUCAAGCUGGGCCUGCCAAAGAUCAUGGUCAACUAUGUGCUCUUUAGAUAACACACGUCUAAUAGCCCUGGACAAGCGAUAUGACAUCGGUGGGACAUGGGGAUUGAUGAACUUCGCUGUGUGAAAUAUGUUGCUAAAUUUAGAAUUGGUUUACCUAUUCUCUAUAGUCCUUUAAACAGAGAUAAGAGUUAGAGGUGCCUUCCAAAGUGCUCAGAAGGCACAUGUAUUAUGAAGGAAGGAAGGAAUAACAUGCAUGCUCUAUUCAGUUAGCUCUUGAUGACUUCCAACAGUUAUCAGAAACACUGGCACUCGGGCAAGGUAUACCAUGUUAUUAAAGAAGGAAAACUAGUAACGUGUGUGAUCUUUUCAUGUAGCCAAUACUAACUUCCAACAAUUAUAAGAAAAUGCUGUCAUCAUUAAAGGCCUUAGCUUUUCUGCCCAGUACUAAAGUAAGGAAUCACAUUUCACAAGGGAAGAAUGGAAUAAUAGGUCGUUUGUUUGGAGCCAGAAGGGCGUUUACUCUGUGUUAAAGUAAAUGAGUCAACUCCCUUCUGGCUCAUCAUAGACAAUCUGUGCUCCAUUCGUGCAGCUCUUAACAAUAACAGCAGCACAAACGUACACAGUUGAAGUUUUUUUUUAAUAUACUUGAAUUAGGCAAAAUGAGUACAUACAGAGUUAUUUUAAAUUACUAGAUGUGUAACCAAUAAAGGGUAGAUUGCUGGAAUUAGAAGAUCACGAGAUGUAUUAACAAAGGAUUGUGACCAACAAAGCGGUGCCCUUUUGUUAAAAAUGUAUGCAUGAAAUUAGUAAAAAUACGGUGCAGUGAAAGAUUAGAAGAUGAAUUCAUAUCAAAUGUACAAGGACAUAAAUGUAUUAUUCUGGAGAGGUAAAAAUGUAAAGUUUUGUUAAUUUUGAACAAUGCUCCAGUUUUACAGGAAUAUAGAAUAAUAUAAGAUAACAAUGGCUACGGUAUUUAUUUUUAACACAUAAUAAGAAAAAAAGGAAAUAAGAUUAGGAUUAUUAUCAUUUCACCAAUGAUAUACAUUAAUAUACCUUUGUUAAGGUCUCUAAUAUUUAGAAAAUAUAAUUUUAUGACAAAGAUUUAGUGUUAAUAAGUUUUACAUGCUGUAUUGAUAUAUUCUUGCUUGAAAUAUGCACAGGCAUGUUGUAACUAACAGUAUAUUUGAUGAUUAAUUUGAUACGAAUGAUUGCUUUAUUGCAGUGCAAUUACUGAGAGGAUUGAUUUUCAUAUGACUUUUUGUUGUUGAAAUACAAUGUAAUAUUUGUUGCUGUGCAAUGUUUUACACCAUAGGUUUAUUUUAAAGAUAUGAUGCAAAAGUAAAUUGUGAAUUUGUAAUUUGAAUACCUGUCAUAAAUGGUCUAAAUUGUA